AUUAUGGAAUCUAUUGUGAUUCUGUUUUCUUUUCCUUGUACUAACUUUUUUUAAUACUUGAAUUCAAACAAUCUAAACCUCGCCAAAUUGAACUAAUUAUUACAUUUAAAUAAUGGGUGAUUUGAAUGUAGCCAUCGGCCGUGUGGCUCUUUUAGCUACUUCUGGUUAUUCAUUGUCACAGUGCAUGGAUUUGAAAUAUGUCAGAGUUGCAUUUGCAUUGUAUGCUGUGGAUGGAGCAUUAGGGAUUUUGGACUAUGGAUUGCCCAAAAGCAAUGCAAAAGUGAAGAAAGCACUUGCGUUUGUGGAUAGAGUUUCAAAGCCGUGCUACACACCACUUGUUGCAGCAGAAGCUAUUCUGUUUGCAGGUUUUGAAGAAAAGUUUUCUUAUUGCCACCUCGUAUUCCCAAUUGCAUAUGUUGUACUUACUGAAGUUCUCAAGAAAAAUGUUCCUCAAGAUCUAGUUGACCUGAGUGCCAUUUGCAAUUCUAUUUCAGUUGGUUUCUCAGCUUACAAGAAGGAUGACAUAUUGUAUGGAGGACUAACAGGAGUGUUUAACAUUGCAGCUUUCUUAGGUUGCAAAUUUAACUCUAUGGAAUUCUUUCUAGUGUUAUCAGGUGCUAAUCUAUUAGCAUUACAGUUCUUCAAGCAGAGUUUAAUAUAGACCAAAAACACACAAAAAUUGAACUACAAUACAAUUUGUUUUAGUAAACCUAUUGUCAGUUGUUAGAUAUUCCUAAUUACUGAAAUAAUGUGUUAAUUUAAACAUCUACUAUUAUAUUUAAGACAUAAAUGUUUGAUCAGUUGAUUCUAAAUUAAAGUUAAAUAAAGGUUUAAUUAAUUGUCUGCGUA